AUGCCAAAAACUACUGCCAAAGGGGUGAGGAAACCAAAUACUCGAAGAGUAAAAAACAAAAAGGUUAUGGAAAACAAGGACGCAGAAUUAACGGAACCUCUUAAGACAAAAUUAUCUGAACAAAAGAUGCCUAAAAAGCGCCAAAGAAAGGCGAAGAAUAAGAAUAAUAAUGUAUCGAAGGAAUCUGCUCGUGAUUCACUUGCAUCCGAUAAUAUCAUUGACGUAGAUUAUAUACAAGACAAUAACAUACACCUUACAUCUAAAGAAGCAAUUCAGCAACCAACAUCAAACGAUAAAAUAAAUAAUAAACCAGAAAACAAACAAAUUCAAUCUCAACAUCAAAAGCAAACAACGGCCCAUGUAGAUAAUGUCAAUAACAUACCACUUUCUAAUCUUAAUCAGCAAAUGUAUUAUUUUUUAGACUUGCCUUACGUAAAUGAACAUGAAAUUGGACCUCCAAUCGAUCCAUUUAUUGAUUCAUCAAACGAAUCCCUAAAACACAACCGGUCCUUACAUUUGAACAAUACAUCGUAUAAGAAUGAUUCACUAUUCUCAGCAAAGACUUAUUUGAUAGCUAACCCUCAUUGCAUACCAUAUUCUGCAAACCCCCAUUGCGUACCAUAUUCUGCGAAUCCUCUUUGCGUACCAUGUUCUGCAAACCCUCUUCGCGUACCAUUUUCUGCAAAUUAUAUUCCAAAUUAUCAUGAUCAACAUAACACCACUAGUAAUUCACAAAAUAAUAAUGAAGAUUUAAAUCUACAAUCUCAACAAACGCAAGUGCAUCACUCUUCAGUUAAUCAUAGUAAGAAUACUAAUAUUCAACAAAACGAGAAAGAGUUAAUCUUCUCUAAUCAAGCUGCACUCGUUGAAUGGUUGCGUACACGACAAGAUUUGGAUGCUAUGACGGACCUAACUGUGGAACAAUGUAAGAUCUUAUUUUUACGAACACGAAAUCCUAUUUCUAAAGUACGUGAUAUACUUGUCGAGAGAGUUACAUCUCCGCUGGAACCUUCACCUAAAGAAUUAAUAGAAUUGAAAAGGAAAGCACGAGAAACCUUUUAUAACUAUCAUAUUAAAAACUUUGUUGGGGAUAUUGUUUGGAAACAAAAACUCAAUAGAUUUCUAGAUGCCACCAACUAUUCCGAAUUUAAGAAAUCUAUUUCAUUCAAAUCACUUAAAAUAUUUGUGAUCGAAAGUUUAAAGAUUCAUGCUGCGUAUUUGAUUGCUAUUCGCAAUCAAGAACAACCUUCUUACCAAGAAGAAGUCUUGGAUAAGAUUAAAUCGCUCGAUCGACUUACCACAAAUAUAUUUAUUCCAUCUGCAAGCGGAUAUAAUUAUGUCAAUGAGUUGGAUCUUAAUAUGAAGCCUGAUAAUGACGAUGAUUAA